AUGUCCUAUGGGUGUCUCGCAGGAGCUGGUUCUGUCCAAAUGUUUUAUCCGUCAAAAAAAGGUCUGACAAUUGUGAAGGGGGAUAUUUUGGCUGCACGCUGCACCAUGAAAAACUUCAGGAGCAGAGACACUUACGUAGGCCCCACAUCGGAAGAUGAGAUGUGCGACUUCUAUGUGAUGUACUACACAGACGGAGACAAGAUUCUAGAAGAGGGUUUGUGUUACUCCGAAGCGUCCCCGACUUACUACUGGAGAACAGAUCCGAUGCUCAAAGACCACGUCACGCCCGCAAUCGACGAAGACGCCAGCACUCUCGAUUGA